AAGGCACUUCCGGUACGCGGUGGGAGCUCCCAGGUCAGAGGUCGCGGCUCAAGAUCCCUCCCUUGGAUGCUGCCAAACAGGCAGGGGGAUCACUGUGAAGACAUGGCGACCCCCAACAGGGAGCUUCCGGUCCGGAAAGUGUGCUUCUGGGUCGGAGUACAUGGGUCCCGCGAUCUUCACUGAACAACACUCAGCGACCCGUUAGUUUAGGAGGCAGGUGAGGGUGGCGGAAUUUCCACCCAGGGAAAUAGGAAACGGCUCGCGGUCCCAUGGAGUCGGACCCGGGAACAAAGCGGGUAGCGGGCGCGGAACGAAAGCACAAGGUUGUCAUCAGACGCGGAACAUCCGGCGGAAGCAGACUCAAGUUCACAGGCACUUGCAUUGCUUUGUAAGGAUCACAGACGGCCGGCGGAAGUGCGUUGCUCCCCAGGCGGAAGAUUUUUCGCACGCCCGGAAGCGUUCGUCCAGUGGUACUUUUCUUCGCACGUUCAGAAGCGUGUCUCCUGGGCGGCGGUACUUUUUUCGCGCGUCCCUCGGUUGGCGGUACUUUUCUUGCGCGCCUGGAAACGGAAGAACAGCGGAGGCUGUGGGAAAGGAUCCGCAAAGGAGCAGAAGCUGCUAAGCCGCGCGGAGGUUCUCUUCACAGCUUCCGACCUCGGCCUGUUCGACGCCCUGGCCCUGGGUCCCAUGGAUGCCGCAGCAGUCGCCCGGGCCCUGGGUUCAAGUCCUCGUGGGACACGGCUGCUGCUGGAAACCUGCGCCUCCCUGGGGCUCGUGCAAUGGGAGGACGGCAUGGGAGGCCCCACCUUCGCCCUCACACGUCUCUCGCGCCUGUUCCUGCUGGCGGGCAGCCCCCUGUCUCAGUGCUCGAUGCUGCGCUACCUGGCGGGGACCACGGUGCAGUGCUGGGGCGAGCUUGGUGGGGCCGUGAGGGAGGGGCGGAGCCAGUAUGCACAAGCAGUUGGUGUGGCCACGUGGGAGCCAUUCAAGGCCAUUUACAGAUGCCCUGCCCCUCACUCCGGCACCACCCCUCACCCUGGCCCCACACCCAGGUCCCACGCUGAGCGCCUGCUCUUCAUGCAAGCCCUGCAGGACACCUGGAGUGUCUACGGGGAGCGGGUGCUCACGGCUUUUGACCUCUCGGAGUUCAGGGUCAUCUGUGACAUAGGCGGAGGCUCCGGGGCCCUGGCCACGGCCUGCGCCCGUCUCUACCCCACCAGCUUGGUCUCCGUGUUCGACACCCCUGAUGUCGUCGCAGCCGCCCGCACCCACUUCCGUCCUCCGCGAGGGGCCCCGCCCAUUCGCUUCCUGGGAGGCGACUUUUUCCGGUCCCGCCUUCCGAGCGCUGACCUCUACAUCCUGGCCCGGGUCCUGCACGACUGGACGGAUGCAGACGCUGCAAGGCUGCUGGGGAGAAUUGGGCGUGCGGGUGGACGGGGCACCGCCCUCCUCCUGGUCGAAGCCGUGCUGACCCCUGGGGGCUGCGGACCAGUGCGCACGCUGCUGCUGUCGCUGACGAUGCUGCUGCAGACACAGGGCCGUGAGCGCACAGAGGCCGAGUACCAGAACAUGGCCGCUGCUGCUGGCUUCACCCGCUGCUUCCAGUGCCGCCCGACUGGGGGUGACCUCAACGUCAUGCUGACCCGGAAGUGAUAUUGGGGGGGGGAAGCGGAGUGGGCACGGCCAAUAAAUCGGGCUGGGAGCCACUUCCUGUCA